AGUUCAUCUGUUAUAAUCAUCAGAGUUUUCACAGGAUCACUUGUGCGACUAAUAUGAACGAGCAUAGCUCUCGUUCUCAUGCUAUCUAUACGGUUACAAUUGAAUGUAGUGAACAAAAUUCUGAAAGCAAGCCUUUGAUUCGGCAAGGUAAACUACAUCUAGUCGACUUGGCCGGAUCAGAGAGACAAUCGAAGACGGGUUCUACCGGAAAGCAUCUUCAGGAAGCAAACAAGAUCAAUCUCUCUCUUACAACGCUUGGAAAUGUAAUCUCAGCCCUAGUUGACGGAAAAUCCACCCAUGUACCUUAUAGGAAUUCCAAAUUGACCCGACUUCUUCAAGAUUCCCUGGGUGGAAAUUCGAAAACGACAAUGCGGUUUUCUAUGAAUCUCGAAAGCCUACUUACAAACACAAAUAGUGUUCUUACUAUUCUCAAUACUUAG